AUGAAACGAUCACUUUUACGUAUAUCACAAGAAGUUAGACAAGCACUAUUUGAGAAACGGCCAGUAGUUUCCUUAGAGUCUACAAUCAUUUCCCAUGGGUUGCCGUAUCCGCAGAACAUUGAAAUGGCCAAAAGUGUUGAGCAAGUGUUACGAGACAAUGGUGUUGUUCCUGCCACCUGUGCCUUUAUUGACGGUGUUCCACACGUUGGACUAGACAAUUUUGAACAAUUGCGCAAUGCCGUGAAGGUAUCGAGACGUGAUAUUGGGUAUGUUAUGGCCAACAAGUUGAAUGGUGGCACCACAAUUGCACUGACGAUGAUCUUGUCGCAUCUUGCAGGGAUUAAGGUCUUUGCGACGGGCGGACUUGGCGGUGUGCACCGUGAUGGGCAGUAUACGAUGGACGUUUCCGCAGAUUUGACCGAGUUGGGGAGAACACCCGUUAGUGUUGUGUGUGCUGGCCCGAAAUCGAUUUUGGAUAUUGGGUUGACUAUGGAGUAUUUGGAGACCCAAGGUGUUUUUGUUGGGACGUAUAACCCCGAAAAGGUGGACAAUUUGCAGGUGCCGGGGUUUUAUUGUCGUGAAUCGGGCGUGCCUUCGCCAUAUGGGUUUGAAUCGUUUGCAGAAGCAGCAAGGGUUAGUUAUUACCAGGGGAUGGUCGGCAGUGGAAGUGUGUUUUGUAUUCCGCCACCACAAGAGACUGCCAUGGAUAGUGAGUAUAUCAGGAGCGUGAUUGAGAAGGCCAACGAGAAGGCGAAGGAGGUGGGUGUCACAGGCAAGAAGUUGACCCCGUUCUUGUUAAAGGAGAUUGCCGUUGCCACGCAGGGCCAGUCUGUGGAAAGUAAUAUAGCGUUGGUGAAGAACAAUGCCAGGGCCGCGGCAGAAAUUGCCAAAGAAUUGAGUCAAUUGGUAUGUAAAGAAAAAUAA